AACUUUCAAUUUUUCUUUUGUAAUUACAGAGCAAUGAAGCACGUUUUUUCAACAUCACUUAUAGUGUCGCUGUUCGUCAUCUUCACUGAUGCCCAAACAUUCCAGUAUUCUCGUGGGUGGACUAAUGGGAAGCGUUCGUCUCCAGAACAAACUGCUCCGAGUCGUACAUUGUUGCCUCACAUUCCGCUGGGAAUGGAUAAACCUGAUGAAGAGUGCAGAUUACUAAUACAGCGUUUUCUAAAAUCUCCAUGCGAUGUACGAUUAGCGAACGCUAUAGUCAACCGUAACAAGGACCUCCUGCGUGAUAUGGCUGACGAUGUGAAUGAUGGAACGGCCUUGCUAUAUGACCCUGUUCCAAUGGUGGAUACAGCAGCCAGUGAAGAUGUGAGAUUCAAACGUGGAACUCCAGACCGACGGUUGUUGAACGAUGGUAUGCACAGGCUUUAAAUUGCACGUUGUCCUGCUACAUUGGUAUACUGUGGUCGUUGAUACUAUGCUGGAAGUAGCAGCGACCAGAGCAUAAUCUAGUAGUUUAUAGUCAUUGUGAAAGGAAGUCUGAUCGAUUUCAUGUCAUUCUUUAAUCGAACGAUACAUGUACAGGUAUCUGUUCCGAUUCCAACGAACUUCAACGUCAACAGGGAUAUGCAUCAUCUAUUUAUGGGAAUGCGGAGUACUUGUGUACGGAAUCAUUGUACUAGUUAAAUUUAAACUGGGCAAAGUGUAUAUACAAACAUAAGAGGACCUAUAUUUAUUAUACAUUAAAACUAUUAAAAUGAACCUGAAACAAGCAA